CUCAAGGCGAAGACCUGCCCUAGAACAUUUCACCUGAUCCAAAUUUAGACACUUGGCAACUGAUUCCUAUUUACGACCGUCGCUCUGUCCCCGUUGUCGCCUGAUCUGACAUUGCGACCUUCUGACCACCAAAGUCAAUGGGGGCGCUGGUUAAGCCCGCUUCGCAUAAUGACGACGUUACUCCCUGAUCCACCACAAAGAAAUAUUGCGCUCACCAAGAGACGAUUUGGGCGGGGUGCGUGUGUCGUACGUCGAGGACUAUCUGCCUUCAAGAGGGCGGGGCGAGGUUUGCCCCGCCGUGCACGUGGCGAAGGCUGAGCUCCAUCGGCGCAUGCGCGGCUACAGCAAGCGCUAGAAGGUCGGAAUUGGAGGGGCGGGAGUCAGCGGGUUCGAUCCCUGCUUCCCCGAGCUGUCGGAUCGGGCACCACGGCUGGAUGGCUGGCUGAUGGGGGGGGGCACGGUGCCCGGUGUGCUGCUGCCAGUCUCCGAGGCCAGCCGGUGCUCUGGGUGAGUCGGACGUGGCACCUGGCACCCUUCGCAGUGGCGGGAGCCCAGGGAGCGAUGGGUUAUGGUGCCGCCACUCCUUCCUCUGAGCCCUAAGGAGAACGAGAAAGGAUAAGGGUCGGGCUCGCCCUCCAGGAGGAAGUUGCCAUGAGCCGCAGCCGGGCCGAGCACCGUCAUGUCGUCUCCAGCGCCUCCGAAGGGCCGGAGCACCCCGCAUCUCCCCCCUUUGCGGGGCCACAGGAGGAAGAGGAGGAGGAGGAGGAGAAGGACCUGAGCCGGGCAUUGCGCGUGGAGCGCUUUGAGGAGCUCUUGCAGGAGGCGCACCCGCGGGGUGUGGACGAAGCCGGACGGAGCUACAGUGAAGAGGAUUUUGAAUACCACCGCCAGUCUUCCCGUCAUAUCCAUCACCCGCUAUCAUCCCACCUGCCCUCCGAGGGCCGGCGGAAAAAGGGCUCGCAAAGCAAGAAAAAGAAGAAGACCCCCAGAGCCCGGGCCUCGGUAGCCGGAGAGACCCCUACCAUUGAAGAGGAGGCGGAAGGGGGCCAGGAAGAGGAAGGGGAGGAUGACACCUGCGACACAGAGACCGAGCCCACCCCAGAGGAGCUGCUGCCAAACAGCUCCCCUGAGGGCGUGCAGUUCUUCCUGCAGGAGGAUGACGCAGAACGGCAGAGUCCCCUCUCCGGAGAGCCAGCUGGGACCGCCGCUCUGCCCUCAGGGCCAAGGGCUGAUGCCGGGAGUCCCCAGGCAGUGGCGGGAACUAAAUCAAGCAGCUCCGACCUGGAGGACUCUGGGGCCACUGUGUUGGCCGAAGGCGUCUCCCCUCCCGAACGCCCGCUUUCCAAAUCACAGCUGGGCCACCGCAGCUAUAACCUCAACGAACGCCGACGCAUCGGCAGCAUGACGGGCAUGGAGCAGGCGCGGUACCAGAAGGUGCCCACUGAUGAGUCGGAGGCCCUGACUUUGGCCUCGGCGGAUCUGGAUUACAUGAAGAGCCACAGGUUUGAGGACGUGCCAGGCGUGCGCCGGCACCUGGUUCGGAAGAGCACCAAAGGGCAGGUGGUGCACCUGGGCAAGGACCGGCAGGAGGCCAGCGCCCGCCUGCGGAAGCAGGACCGGAAGCCCCACGAGGUCUUUGUGGAGCUGAACGAACUGAUCCUGGACAAGAACCAGGAGCUGCAAUGGAAGGAGACGGCCCGUUGGAUCAAAUUUGAGGAAGAUGUGGAGGAAGAGACCGACCGGUGGGGGAAGCCCCAUGUGGCCUCCCUCUCCUUCCGAAGCCUGCUGGAGUUACGCAGGACCCUCGCCCACGGUGCAGUCCUUCUCGACCUGGAUCAGAGGACGCUGCCGGGGGUGGCCCAUCAAGUGGUGGAGCAGAUGAUUAUCUCCGACCAGAUCCGUGCUGAGGACCGCGCCAACGUGUUGCGGGCACUACUGCUUAAGCAUAGUCAUCCCUCCGAUGAGAAAGAGUUCUCCUUCCCUCGCAAUAUCUCGGCCGGCUCGCUCGGCUCUCUGCUGGGUCACCAUCACAGCGCCAACCAUGUCGGAGAAGGCCCCGAGCCCACCGUCACUGAUCCACUCAUUGGCCCUGUGGGUGAGCAUGAGACGCGGGUGGACAUUGAGAAGGAGACCCUGCAGAAGGAAGUGGUCUCCCCUGUUCUGUCCGGCACCAUCACUCGCUCCAAGUCGAAACAUGAGCUGAAGCUGCUAGAGAAGAUUCCAGACAAUGCUGAAGCCACCGUAGUGCUUGUGGGUUGUGUGCAUUUCCUGGACCAGCCCACCAUGGCCUUUGUGCGGCUGCAGGAGGCUGCCCAGCUGGACGCCGUCCUGGAGGUGCCAGUGCCGGUACGCUUCCUGUUUGUGCUCUUGGGCCCUAGCAGUGCCAACAUGGACUACCACGAAAUCGGGCGCUCCAUCUCCACCCUGAUGUCUGACAAGCAAUUCCAUGAAGCAGCUUACUUGGCCGACGACCGGCACGACCUGCUGCAGGCCAUCAAUGAGUUCCUGGACUGCAGCGUGGUGCUGCCGCCCUCGGAGGUGCAGGGUGAGGAGCUGUUACGGAGUGUAGCGCACUUCCAGCGGGAAAUGCUACGCCGGAGGGAGGAACAGGAACGGCGGCUGAUGGCCGGGGCAGCCCUGGAGCCCAAAUCACCGGAGGAGAAAGCCUUGCUGAAGCUGAAGGUGGAGGAGGAGGAAGAAGAAUUGGAGGCCGAUCCUCUUCAACGCACUGGCCGACCUUUUGGGGGGCUUGUCCGGGAUGUCCGUCGGCGUUAUCCCAAGUAUCUCAGCGAUUUCCGGGAUGCCCUGGACCCUCAGUGCCUGGCGGCUGUCAUUUUCAUCUACUUUGCGGCCCUCUCACCAGCCAUCACCUUUGGGGGGCUGCUAGGCGAGAAGACCGAGGGGCUAAUUGGGGUCUCGGAGCUGAUCAUUUCCACGGCCAUUCAGGGCGUUCUCUUCUGUCUCCUGGGAGCUCAGCCACUCCUGGUCAUCGGCUUCUCAGGGCCUCUCCUGGUUUUUGAGGAAGCCUUCUUCACGUUCUGCACCUCGCAUGGCAUGGAGUACCUGGUGGGCCGCGUCUGGAUUGGCUUCUGGCUUAUCCUGAUCGUGUUGGCCAUUGUGGCCUUCGAGGGCAGCUUCCUGGUGCGCUUCGUCUCCCGCUUCACCCAGGAGAUCUUCGCCUUCCUCAUCUCCCUCAUCUUCAUCUACGAGACCUUCUUCAAGCUCAUCAAGAUCUUCCAGGCGCACCCGCUGCACGGCUGCGGGAAUGGCACCAGCGACCUUCUGGGACUAGAGAACGGAACAAUCAGCCGCGAUGCUUUGGAAAUGACCGGCCAGCCCAACACGGCCCUCCUCUCACUGGUGCUGAUGGCUGGCACCUUCUUCAUCGCCUUCUUCUUGCGGAAAUUCAAGAACAGCCGCUUCUUCCCCGGCCGGGUCCGGCGGGUGAUCGGAGACUUUGGGGUGCCCAUCGCCAUCCUCCUCAUGGUGCUGGUGGAUUCUAGCAUCCAGGACACUUACACUCAGAAACUGUCGGUGCCCAGUGGCUUCUCAGUCACAUCCCCCGACAAGCGAGGCUGGGUGAUCAACCCUCUGGGCAGCAGCGAGGCUUUCCCGGUGUGGAUGAUGGUGGCCAGUGUGCUGCCUGCCGUUCUGGUCUUCAUCCUCAUCUUCAUGGAGACACAGAUCACUACGCUGAUCAUCAGCAAGAAGGAGCGGAAGCUGCAGAAGGGCUCUGGCUUCCAUCUGGACCUGCUGCUGAUUGUGGCCAUGGGCGGCUUCUGCGCCCUCUUUGGCCUGCCAUGGCUGGCAGCUGCCACGGUGCGUUCCGUCACACACGCCAACGCGCUCACUGUCAUGAGCAAGGCCGUGGCCCCGGGGGACAAGCCCAAAAUCCAGGAGGUGAAGGAACAGCGGGUCACUGGGCUGCUGGUGGCUGUCCUCGUGGGCUUGUCCAUUGUGAUCGGGGACCUGCUGCGCAGAAUCCCGCUGGCAGUGCUCUUCGGCAUCUUCCUCUACAUGGGCGUCACCUCGCUGAAUGGGAUCCAGUUCUACGAGCGCCUCCACCUGCUGCUGAUGCCCCCCAAGCACCACCCGGAUGUGCCCUACGUCAAGAAGGUACGCACGAUGCGAAUGCACCUGUUCACGCUCCUGCAGCUGGCCUGCCUGGCCGUGCUCUGGGCCGUCAUGUCCACUGUGGCCUCGCUGGCCUUCCCCUUCAUCCUCAUCCUCACCGUGCCUCUCCGGUUGUGCCUGCUCAGCCGCAUCUUCACGGAGCGGGAGAUGAAGUGUCUGGACGCGGCCGAGGCAGAGCCCAUCCUGGACGAGAGGGAAGGGGUGGACGAGUACAACGAGAUGCCCAUGCCGGUGUGACGAGAGAACGCUGAAACCUCAGAUGCCGAGAGCUGACCACCCCCUCCUCUCACCCCAGUGCCUUUGCGUGUCAAUAUGGGAGGAAGGGCCGGUCUUGAGCCCCUCCUGAUCCCUUGCGUGGUCUGUCUGCGGAGCAGCAUCCCCUGCCCGGCGCCCCAUCAGCCGCUGGAGAGCUUACGCGCAUCCUUCAAUUCUAUGCACCAGCCUGAGGGGGGCGCGACCCCUCCAGGAAGGACCACGACUGCAUUUAGGAUCUCAAUCCACAGCUUUAUCAGAGGUGGGGGGCCGGAGAGAAAUCGGUUGAGGCAGGACUGGGCCCUGGCGCCUUUGAGCCUCCCCAGCCUUCCCCCCCCCCCCCAUUCAGGACAAGGAGAGCCAGCAGCAGGGAGUAGGCCCUAAGCCACAGGAGGGACCUUUCUUGGAGCAGGUACCUGCCCCCCCCCUUUUAAUCCACCGGCCAGGCCGUGUUGAAAUCGGGGUCCAGGGAGGAAGGAAGCAGAGACGGGAAACUUUGACAGAUAAUAAAAUGGAGGGCUCCUGC